AUGAAUACCAAUCAAACAACUGAUAGUAAUCAUCUAACAACUGAACAAAAUAUAUUUCUUACUGAUAGUUUAUUAAAAACAAUUCAAACUGAUAUACAUAAUUCACGUACUGGAGAACUUAUUGUUGGAAUAAUAUCUUAUUCAAUCAUUAUCUUGUUAAGUAUUAUUGGAAAUGUCAUUGUUGUUACAGCCAUAUGUCGUGUUCAACGACUUCGUCAUCCAACGAAUUUUAUACUUAUGUCACUUGCUAUUGCUGAUUUACUUGUUACAACAACAGUUAUGAUACCAGGAUUUAUAUAUGAAAUAAAACAAAAAUGGAUAUUUGGACGAGUUUUUUGUAAUAUUUGGGUAGCAAAUGAUAUAACAUUUUGUACAGCAUCAAUUUUACAUCUUGUUGCUGUCAGUUUUGAUCGAUAUGUUGCUAUUGAAAAUCCACUUAAAUAUAAACAAAAAAUGACUAAACAAAUGAUAUUUAUUAUAAUCGGUUCUAUUUGGUUGAUCAGUGUUCUUCUUUCAUAUGGACCUGUUUUAUUAGGUGUUUAUAGUCAAACAAAAACUAAUGGUCAUUUAUCAGAUUCUACUGAAUGUGGUAUGAGACCGAAUCGUAUUUAUUCGAUAAUAUCAUCAUUAACAUCAUUUUAUAUUCCACUUAUAAUUAUACUUUUCCUUUAUGGUCGAAUAUUUAUAACAGCACGAAAACAUUCACAUGAAUUACAAAAACUUGAAAAUAUAAUUAAACGUUUACAUAGUAAUGAAAAAUUUGUAUUUGAAAAUGCUAAAUGGAAUAAAAAUCUUAAAGCUAUAAAAACAUUAGGUAUUGUUGUCGGUGUAUUUGUUGUUUGUUGGUUACCAUUUUUUGUCAUGUAUCUUCGAUUAGCUUAUUGUGAUUAUAAAUGUGUUAAUCCUUAUGUAGAACGUUAUAUUACAUGGAUUGGUUAUGCAAAUUCGUUUUGUAAUCCAGUAAUUUAUGCUUUUUCAAAUAAAUCAUCAAUUAUAGAUAUUAAAUUUUUAGUAGAACAGAAAUAUAGAUUAGAAUGUUGUUCACUUUCAUGUCAAGUUAGAAAUCGUACUGGAAAAGAAAGAAAGAACUUUGUUGUCAUUUUUAGUCUUUAUUAUAGUUGUUAUGAAUUAUCCAAUAGCUUAGACUUUGUAACAUUUUAUGCUAUGAGAAUUGGAAAACAUGAUGCUUAA